AUGGCGCAUGCGCCUUGCAGCGCCACCUUGCGAGUAGUCUGGUCUGUAGAAGUGAUCGAGAACAUCUUUCGAGGGUUUUGUGUAUCCCGGUUGUUGAGUGAUUUUCAUCGGUUCGGAAGUGUUCUGACGUUAAUUUGUCGUGACAAACGUGAUGACGUCAGCGGCGGAACGUUGAGGCGAGGCUGUUGGGAGCCCUAAAGUUAGCGGUGAGGACUCGAGGCCCUGAUCUGCACCGGAAUUAAUAACGAUCAUUCAGGUCACACAAGGAUCAUGAAAAUGGUCUUGUCGCAACGUCAGCGAGAGGAGUUAAAUAAGGCGAUCGCGGACUACCUCAGCAGCAAUGGAUAUCAGGAUGCUCUGGAGGCAUUCAAGAAAGAGGCAGAUAUGCCCGGUGAGGUCGAACGCAAAUAUGGAGGGUUGCUCGAGAAGAAGUGGACCUCCGUGAUAAGGCUACAGAAAAAGGUGAUGGAACUCGAGUCGAAACUUUCGGAAGCCGAAAAAGAAUUCAUCGAAGGGGCGCCUACACGGGGCAAGAGAUCACCGACCGAAUGGAUUCCCAGACCACCGGAAAAAUUCUGCCUCUCCGGGCACAGGGCCCCUGUGAACAAAGUUAUUUUCCACCCAGUAUUUAGCCUUAUGGUUUCGGCGAGCGAAGAUGCAACGCUCAAGGUCUGGGAUUUCGAAAGCGGUGAAUUUGAGAGAACCCUCAAGGGACAUACGGACAGCGUGCAGGAUAUUUCGUUCGAUACUACCGGUAAACUCCUGGUAUCCUGCAGUGCUGACAUGUCGAUCAAGCUUUGGGACUUUCAACAGUCGUUUGCCUGUAUCAAAACGAUGCACGGGCAUGACCACAACGUUAGCUCCGUCACAUUUAUGCCACAGGGAGAUUUCAUUGUGAGCGCAUCCCGGGAUAAGACUAUCAAGAUGUGGGAGGUGGCCACCGGGUACUGCGUCAAGACACUGGUGGGGCAUAGGGAGUGGGUGCGUAUGGCCCGUGUCAGUCCCUGCGGCGAACUAAUAGCAAGUUGUUCAAAUGACCAAACCGUUAGGGUGUGGCAUGUCGCUACCAAGGAAACCAAGGUGGAGCUUAGGGAUCACGACCACGUGGUAGAGUGCAUCGCGUGGGCUCCGGAAACGUCGCGCGGAGCAAUCAAUGCCGCUGCCGGUGCGGACAACAAGGGGGCUCACGAAGGGCCCUUUCUUGCCUCAGGAUCGCGGGACAAGACCAUUCGCGUUUGGGACGUUGGGGCCGGAGUGUGCCUGUUCACCCUGCAUGGCCACGACAACUGGGUACGCGGCAUCGUUUUUCAUCCCGGUGGUAAAUUCAUAGUCAGCGCCUCGGAUGACAAGACACUUCGGGUAUGGGACACCCGCAACAAACGGUCUAUGAAAACGCUCGAGGCGCAUAUGCACUUCUGCACAUCAGUCGACUUUCAUAAGAGUCAUCCGUACGUGGUGAGUGGUAGCGUGGAUCAAACGGUAAAGGUUUGGGAAUGCCGCUAGUCACCCGGAUUACAAGCUCACGAAAAUUUACAAGAGUCCAGUUCAAUAUGAAUAUGGCGGAAAAGUAAGCGGCUGAAAAGCUAUCGUACAUACUACUAUAAAACAGAUAAACACAUACAAUUAAGAGCUCCUUAAUUAAUUUAUAAUAAACUAUAAUUAGUAAUUGUAAUAAUAUUGUUUAACAGUAAUAAAGUAUUCAAAUUAAAGGGCUACAAAGGGCUUUAAGAGGCUUCUGAAGGGGUGAUUGUGUCAUAGGAAGGGAAGGAAAAUUGACGAACGCAGAUCCGGUUAUUGAAUAGAUGUGUUUUGGAAAUUUAUUCAUUCAUCUUUUUUUUAACGAAUGGUUCCGAUCAGUUCGAGUUAAUCGAGAAAACUUUGCAUUAAUACGUCGGCUUCAAAUUCAGGUAAUUCGGUAUUAAUUAAAAAUUUAUAAUCGAACUUGAGAAUGCGUGGAUACAUGUGGUGCAAUUUUUAUUGGAAGCUCGUCAUCUUUUAACCAAACUCAAGUUUUUCAAACAAUUGUAGCUACGAUCAAGUUCUACCAAGAACAGAAGUUUCCUCGAACCACCUCACGACUAUCGUGUGUUCCAGAAAAAACGUGAGUUGAUCAUCCUUGUGACUAUAAUGAAUUUGUAGAAUUAGGUUUCAAAGACUCUUGUUGAGGCCUCUUGAGCUUGACUAGGAUCAAGUUAUGAAUUAAUGAUUAUUAUUAGAGCCAGUUCGACCCCAACUAUCAACUAUUUCAAUUCCCCUCGUUCUAGUGUGAUACUUGUUUAUCAUGAUUCCUUCUAAAAGCGCUUGCACCGAAGAAGUUGAUGGAACACAUUGGCAUUGGCAUCGCAGGCUUGUUAUUAUAAAUUACAAACAAGUCCAAUGAUUAAUCAACAUCUGCUUAGCUGUUGUCCAAUAGUGGCAAAUGGAAAUGUUUUCAGCAAUAAAACUCUUUUGCUUAAAUCGAAAUAAAUGCUUCAGGUAGUCGAGUAGUCUUGCGGUUUGAUCAAGUUCUCCAACAACCGAUUGACGGCAUGAUAGUUUUAGUCAUUAGCAAAGUUUAAAAAGUUGUGAGGUCGACUUGGCUCUACUGGUAACUUAACGCUACUACUUUAUUUAUUAUACAUACACACAUGUACGAUAUACUCUUGCUAUUCUAUACUAUUCUACAAAAAUAUUAAUAUUAAUUCAUUAAUCUCCCUACUAUCUAAUGUGACUACUGUACUCGAAUUAUUUCGACACCCUCGCUACAAAUGAAACUGAAAUGAAAUUCACCAAUA